GUUCAACGUCGAUAGUUUAUGCCUGAACGUCAUGUAGAGACGUUCAUAAGGCUUGUGAUCAGUAAUUUUCAUUCGUGUAUUUUGAUAAGUUCUCAUAAUUGUCAUUUGAAACUUAUUUGAAUUAUUAUUCAAUAGGUCAUGGGUUUACUUACUGAGGGUGAACCACUCUCAUGGGAAGAGACGAAAAAAUUGUCAGAACACGUGAAAAAACAUGGAAUCAUUCAGUUUAUUAAUUUAUAUAAAAAACUGAGAGAUCGACAAGGAGAUGUUUUAAAAUGGGGAGACGAGGUUGAAUAUAUGAUAAUCAAAUUUGAUGAUAACAACAAAACAGCUAAACUCAGCUUGCGGUCGGACGAAAUUUUAGCAAAACUUAAUGAAAAAGAAGAAGCUGAUCCAAGUGGAGUUAAAUGUCUAUGGCGGCCUGAAUUUGGUGCUUACAUGAUCGAAAGUACUCCAGGACAACCUUAUGGUGGACUAUCAGCUCAUUUUAAUAUUGUCGAAGCAAAUAUGAAAUAUCGUCGUCAGGAAGCAAUGGAACAAUUACAACCUAAUGAAAGAAUUAUUACAUUCACUAAUUUCUUGAGAUUGGGAUGUCCAAAUUCAACUGAUCCAACGUCGAAACCAACCCCAAACUCUGGGUAUCAGAGAAGUCUAUUUCUUUCUGAUGAUGCAGUAUUUCCUGGUCAUCCUAGAUUUAAAACUUUGGCAACAAAUAUUAGGCAGCGUCGAGGUGAAAAAGUCAUCAUUAAUGUUCCAAUCUAUAAAGAUGAAAAUGUUCCAAGUCCUUUUAGAGAAGAUUUAAGAGCAUUGGGAGAUGAUGGAUCGAGUGAAAAAGUUGCCAAAGAUGAUCAUGUUUACAUGGAUGCAAUGGGAUUUGGAAUGGGUUGUUGUUGCUUACAAGUGACAUUCCAAGCAAGUAACAUCCAAGAAGCUCGAACUCUCUACGACCAAUUGACUCCCUUUUGUCCCAUCAUGUUGGCUUUGACAGCUGCGUGUCCGGUGUAUCGUGGACACCUCACGGACAUCGAUGGCCGAUGGUUUGUAAUUUCCAACUCAGUAGAUUGUCGAACCAGAGGUGAACGAGGUCUUGAACCACUUAAAGAAAAUGAACGGAAAAUAAGAACUUCGAGAUACGGGGCUGUUGAAUCAUAUCUCAGCGAACAGGGUGCUAAAUACAAUGAUGUCCCUCUGUUGUAUGAUGAAGAAGUCUUCAAACAAUUGCUAGACAAUGGAAUAGACAGGCUUCUUGCUCAACAUGUCGCACACUUAUUUAUUAGAGAUUGUGUAUGUCUUAUGUCAACGCAACUGGAUCAGGACGACGAAGUAGAUACCAAUCACUUUGAGAACAUUCAAUCAACUAAUUGGCAAUCUAUGAGAUUCAAACCACCUCCACCUAACUCGUCAAUUGGAUGGAGAGUCGAAUUCCGUCCUUGUGAUGUACAACUUACAGAUUUCGAGAAUGCUGCUCUUGUUUGUUUCAUUGUACUUCUAUCUAGAGUUAUUUUGAGCUACAACCUAAAUCUCCUAAUACCAAUCAGUAAAGUCGAGGAAAAUAUGACUCGAGGAGUAAAACGAGAUGCUGUUAAUACUGAAAAGUUUUGGUUUCGAAAAGAUAUUACUUCCACUGCCGAUAAAAGUCAAUCAAUAGAAGAAGAGUAUGGAGAAUUUACUGUUAAUGAAAUAAUUAAUGGAAAAGAUGGUGUUUUUGUUGGUUUAAUGCCACUUAUUGUGUCUUAUUUGAAUAAUAUGAAUAUUGAUGCUGAUACUCAUUGUACUGUGCAAAGAUACUUAAAACUCAUUCAAAAACGAGCUGCUGGUAAAUUAAUGACUACAGCUUCAUGGCUUAGAAAACAAAUUACUACUCAUCCAGAUUAUAAAAAAGAUGCUAAAAUUACAGAACAAAUAAAUUACGAUAUACUCAAAAAAGUAUAUGACAUACAAACAGGUGUUCAAUCUUGUCCAGAAUUAUUAGGAUUUUGUACAACUUCAAAAACUACAGAAUCAGUUCCCACUGCAAUUGUUAAUGCUAUUAAAUAACCACAAUGUAAUUAUCGAAUUGAAGAAAACAAUAGUAUUGGAAUUUUUAAUUUAUAGAUAAAUAUUGUCUACCUCAGACAUUUGUUCAAUCGAUUUUUUACGAUGUCAAGUAGUGUUUAAACAAUAAUUUAAAAGCUUCAAGCAAGGGUCUAACUUUAUAAGAAAUUUAAUAAUUCGUAGAUCAAUGAAAUUAUUGAUGAAGUUAAUAUACUUUUUUUCAGUUAACAACUAGAAUACUUUAUAAUGUCUUUAAGACUAUAAUUUUUUUUAUCAAUUAUGAAUUACAGCAUUUUAUUUUUAUUGAAUUUUUUAUGUACAGUUAAUGAAUUAUUGCUAUUACUAAUGUACCCGUGAAAAUUCGGGUGAUGAUGUAAUGGAGUUUAACUUUUCAAAAUGAA